AUGGCACGUCUCUCCGGCCUCCAACGCGACGUCCUCGCCCUGUACCGCCAAUGUCUCCGCGCAACGCGGCAAAAGCCCCUCGAAACGCGGCCGCACUUCCGGGCCUUCGCGAGACAGGAAUUCGAGAAGAACCUCGCGAUCGAAAAGCGCGAUUUCGCUGCCAUAGAGUACAUGCUGCGGCGCGGGCACCGGCAGCUGGAGAUCUAUGAGGAUCCGGGCAUUCGCGACGUCCAUCGCUAG